UAUUCUUCUGUUUUCCGCGCGAAAUAUAGGAUUCGAAAUUUAAGCCAAAUGUAACCACUUCUUUAUUGCCAUGAAAAGAUCACAGCUUGCUCUUAAAAACCUAAAAUUCUUCACAUCUUAUCCUGCAGAGUCUUCAAAAUUUCUUUGGCCUCGAAUCAAGAAUCAUUUACACACCCUAUCUAUUCACAAUCUUCAAGACCCAAUUGCCAUUGCAAAUGCUCUCAAAAUCUCUUCAAGUUCAAAAUCAGUUACUCUUGGGAAUAAAAUUCAUGCUCGAGUUAUUAAACUGGGGUUUUCAGAGAACAUGUUUUCUCAAAAUAAUUUAAUUAUUAUGUACACGAAGUGUGGGGUUUUGGGUAAUGGAUUACAGGUGUUUGAUGAAAUGACUGAUAGAAAUCUUGUUUCAUGGACUUCGAUUACCUCGGGUUGUAUUCAAAAUGGAGAAAGUGCACUGGGGUUAGAGAUUUUUACGGAGAUGAUCGAAAAUGGGUUUCGUCCGAAUGAGUUUGCUUUUGGAAGUGUAUUGAGAGGGUGUACUAGCUUAGAGGAUAUAAAAUUUGGUUCAUCUGUUCAUUGUUUGGCUUUGAAAAAUGGUAGCUUGGAUAAUCAUUUUGUAAUUAGUUCACUUCUGUAUAUGUACGCGAAAUGUGGAUAUGUCGGAACGGCUGAGCGGGUUUUUGAAUGUAUAAAAGAUUAUAAUGUUGGUUGCUGGAAUACUAUGAUUGAAGGGUAUGCUCUAAAUGGUUAUAGCUAUGAAGCUCUGCAACUAUUAUGUUUAAUGAAUAAGAAAAAAAUGGCUAUGGAUCAACUUACAUUCAUCAGUGCUAUAAAGGGUUGCUCAAGUUUGGGCAAUUUGAAUUUUGGAAGACAGAUUCAUGCCAUGGUCAUUCAGAGUGAAGUAAAACUGAGUUCUUCAGUGAUGAAUUCUCUAGUUGAUAUGUAUUUCAAAGUUGGCGAAAAGGUGUCUGCUUUGAAAGUUUUCAGUCAGAUGCAUGAGAAAGAUGUUGCAUCAUGGAAUACCGUGCUUUCUGAGUUUGCUCAUGAAGGAGAUGCCAUGGUAGUAGACUUGUUCACUAGAAUGCUAAGAGCAGGAUUAUAUCCAAAUCGUAUUACGUUUUCAAUUCUAUUUAGGUUAUGUGGAUCGUUAGUUGAUCUGUCUCUGGGGUUUCAGUUGUAUUGUCUUGCUUAUCACCUUGGAUUCACUAAUGAACCCAUCGUUGCAAAUUCGCUUAUCAACUUGUUCUCUAAAUGUGGGAAACCUGAUAUUGCAAAAUAUAUAUUUAUUGGUAUCCCCUGUCAAAGCAUAACUUCAUGGAAUGAGAUGAUCAUGGGUUUUAACUUGAAUGGUUGUACCAUGGAAGCUUUAGAGCUUUUCGCUAAUUUAUGGAAGUCAGGAAUGAAAGUGGAUGAGUGUACCAUAUGCAGUAUUCUAGGAACUUGUACAGAAGUUGAACACAUAGGAGUUGGUAGGCAAAUUCAUGGCGUUAUAAUAAAAUCUGGUUUUUGUUCUCAGAAUUUUGUUUGUUCUUCGUUAAUCAACACUUAUGGGAGAUUUGGGUUGGUGGAGGAUUGCUUUGUAAUUUUCAGGGGAAUCGAGAGAUUGGACUUGGCAUUGUGGGGGACUAUGAUUUACUCAUUAGUUCGUGGGGGUCGCAUUAAUCAAUCCCUAGAUCUUCUGAAAGGCCUGAUAAAAGAUGGUCAGAAACCAGAUGAGUUUAUUUUGGGCAGUAUUCUAAAUGGGUGUGCAGAUGUUGCAGCACACACACAAACUAAAUCUGUUCAUUCAAUAGUAAUCAAAAUUGGGUUUGGUAUGAAUCUGUGUGUUGCCAGUGCAGUUAUAGAUUCCUACGCUAAGUGUGGGGACAUUGAAAGUUCAAGGAUAGUUUUUAAUCAGUCAGUGAGAUAUGCUGAUUGUAUACUUUUUAAUACGAUGAUCAUGGCUUAUGCACGUCAUGGUUUAGUCACAGAAGCUAUUGCGGUUUUGGAGGAAAUGAAACAGUCUAAUUUACAGCCAAGUCACUCCACUUUUGUUUCAGUUAUUUCAAUGUGCAGUCAUCUAGGUCUUGUUGAGCAAGGUCAAAACUUCUUUGACACGAUAAGCUCAGUUUAUGGGAUGGUUCCAUCUGCAGGGAAUUACGGUUGCUUAGUUGAUUUGUUUUCACGAAAUGGGUACCUUGAGAAAGCAAAAUGCGUGCUCGAAACUAUGCCCUUUGCACCUUGGCCUGCAGUUUGGAGAUCCUUCCUGAGUGGAUGUAGGACUCAUGGGAAAAGAGAGUUGGGAGAAUGGGCAUCCAAGCAGUUGCUUGAGCUGGUUCCUGAAAAUGAUGCAGCUUACACUCUGUUGUCGAAGAUUUAUUCAGACGAAGGUAGUUGGGAAGACGCUGCAAAAGUGCGACUGGCGAUGAAUGAAAGUGAAAUUCUCAAAAAACGAGGCUAUAGUUGGAUGGAGUUAUAGGGGGAAAUGGUCAUUCAAUUUGUAGCAGAUAUUUAAAACAGAAUAAACUAAGAAUAGAAUGAUAUGAACGCAGGGGUUAAAGUCUCCCUUGAAAUGCUGCUUACUGGAAGGUUGCCCAAGAGCUCGAAUUCCAACCGUACGUGCUCCUCUGAUGCAGAACUAAAAUCACCACGCUUCAGAAGCCGACAAAUAUCCAAUCAUAUAAUUGACCAACGCUAGAUUGUGCGCAUGCUGUACAGGGUACCAUUAGUUUCUGCUUUCCAAACCCUGGUGAUGUAGAUCUUGGUUUAGUAUGUAUUGAUAAGUGUGAUGCUUUAUGUGAAAAAUCACCAGCGAACAGCCACCGCAAGAGCCUUGCUAAGAUAAAUUGAAGGCAGGAGGUGGAGAUCAAAAGAGUGAAGAAAUACUUUUUCUAUUAAAGAAAUCGUUAAUUUCUAGAAUAAGAUGAUCGAGUGAUGAGUUCAAUAUUUUUCUUUUAAAGACAAUUAGUAAUUUAGUUUGAAAUCAAAUGCUUUAUUAGAUGGAGAAUCUUUUACCAUGUUUAGUCGUAUCUGUAUGCUUUAUAUCGUGUUUGGUAAGCCAUAGAUGAUUGUCUAUAAAUUGCAACUUAGGAUGAUGUAGUUACUUGCAAAAAUUGCAACUUAGGAUGAUGUAGUGUUGUUGAUAGUGGGAAUGUUUUUAGGACAAAUUUCAGCAUAUCGUAAAUCAGAAAUCGCUUGUUUUGAUAAAUGCUUUGAUGACUAUACCUUUCUGGACCCUGGUGAUAUAGAUCUUGCUAUAAAAUGUGAUAACAAGUGUGAUGCAUGCUAUAAAAAAAUCACCACCGGAUAGCCACCGCAAGACCCUAGUAAGUAUACAUUCUGAUAUUUGCUCUGGUGUUUUGUUUAUUCAAAAUUGCUUAUAGAUUGAAUAGGUGGGAUCUUUAAUGGUUUAUCUUUUACUGUUCUUCAUCUCUAUCUUAGUUACGUCAUUGUGUUAGUUGGCAACAAAAGGAUUAAGUUCUUGAAUCUGAAGUGG